GAGUGCGGGCGACCCGGGCGGUCGCGACGGUACAGUCGCAAUCGGGAACGGCGACGCGGAAACGGCGCCCAGGGGCGGCGCCAUGUGCGAGGAGACGACGACGCCCGCGUCCUCGGGCCAGAGAGACACGCCGCCCGAGCCGGCAGCCAACCUCGGGCGCGUGGUGCACGACGCGGGUGACAGUGGUGAUCGUUUGUUCGAUGACACGGUGCAGGGGUGUAGUGACCACCUAGGUGCCGAGGACGAUUGCAGGAAGAAGCGUUGCGUCGACCGCUACGACAGCUCCGAAUCUUCAGACAGUGGUGUUGCAGUGUUGAGCUGCACCGACUGCAGCGGCAGCAGUACAGCAUCGAGUGACAUCACCGACCCGGGCUCGCCGUUCAGCACCGCGUCCACCCAUAGCGAGGACUCGGCCGGAGGGGCACCUCCGCAGAAGAUGCCCCCCACGCAGUCCACAGACCAUCCACAGUGGCCGUGGACGACGACGACGACAAGCGGCACCGCGACCCAGGACACCGCACCAAACACCGACGACGCCAUCCACAAGAGGCAUCACGUGACUGACAACGGAGUCUACGCCAAAAGGCUCAAGUCCGAUGACGAAGGAUCGAGCCCGAUAUGCCUCAAGACCGUCAAUCAAAUUCUUGUUAAGAGUAACGCGGAUACAGUGCCUAGUCCCAGUGAUAAAUUAGUGAAUCAUAAUAAUAACGUGCAGCAAAAAACUAGUAGUAUUAAGAAAGUGAUAGAUCCCACUGCCAAGUUUCAACACCAAGGUAAAAUCACGGAGUAUUUCAAGUCGCAAAUCAAGGCCAAUGUGAUCAAGAAAGAUAUGUCCAAGCCGAAUGCGAAAAUCGUCUCUCUAGUCGACCAACAAACCCAAUACAAUACCUUCAACAAGCUGCAAAACGGCAGGAAAACGAUCAGCGCCAAGAAGAUCGAAACCAAACGUAAAACGGUGACGGUACCGCGUAAAAUCCUGCCGGCGCCAAGCAAAAUUCCAGACAAAGUCACACACGUGCCUAACCUGGCGAACUUCACCAACACAGUUACUUUAACGGCCGUCAGUUUCCCCCCGAACCUGGCGUAUAUCCACACAAAAUCACCCAAACCACCCGACAACAUAUUCGUCCAGCAAUUCCCCAACAAACUCGGCACCAUACCUUGUCUAAACGUCUUACAACCGGUCCCAAAAAUCGCCACCCUCAACAACUUCAAUCUUGGCGUCAAACUGAACGCCACCAUGGUACCUAUCGUUAAGCUAAACACAUUGCCUGCACCAAGAAUCCCACCAAACGCCAUCCCAACAGUUCCUUUCAGCCUGGAAACGGCCGUACCAACAGUCCUGUCCGCCAAACCAAAAACCGUCGAACCAGUCAACAGUAUUAUCAAAGCCUCCAACCUCCCCACCCCCAAGCAACUGCAGUCCACCCCGGUAAGCGUGGACAACGCCUGCAGGAACGAAGAAAAGGAGCAACCAUACAGGACAGAGGAAAGCCAGUGUCGCGACGUCACCACUAUCGAAUUAUCACGGACGGAUAAAUCACCCACACCGGAUUCAGAUAGUGGUAUAUCAUCAUCGCCGAAGGAGUGUUUACAAGUGAACGUGAACGAUGAGCCGGUUCUGGUGCCGGAACAAAAGUCACCGAUAUUGUCGCAGCCGAAGACCAUACGGUUUCCGGUUAAAGUAGAGGAGAAGGAUGAACAGGGGAAGGAUGCCAAGAACCAAAUCUCACAGGAUGGUAUCUGUAGGUGGACGGAUUGUAACUCUCAAUUUACCACCAGCGGGGCCUUAUUUGAUCAUCUACAAGUGAAACAUGUGAUAUCCCAGGCGGAGCAGGAGCAGUACGUGUGCCUGUGGGAGGGGUGCAAGGUGCACGGCAAGACGUCGUGCUCGAGGUCGUGGCUCGAGAGGCACGUCCUGGCCCACGCCGGCACCAAGCCGUUCCGAUGCAUAGUCGAUGGCUGUGGACAGAGAUUCAAUUCUCAGAUUAUGCUGGAAAGGCAUGUAAACGGCCACUUCACCACCGACGGAACGCAGAACGGCAGCGCGAAGAAAACAACUGAAAAUGGCCCGGUCAAGAUGUUCAAAAGGAACGGGAAGAAAAUCCGAUUUAGAAGGCAACCAUGGUCAGCACGGAUGUUCGAUUUCAUCGACGGCGGCAUCAUGGAGGGUCUGCAGUACAAAUUACUGAUGAUGACCCAGCAGAGGACCUUAGGAAAAAUAAGCAAUGCGGGUGAUACAGUUAACUUACAAAGCCAAAUUUUAGCUAGACGAACUGAAUUAGAUGGUAGUACAAAGAUUUUGGUGCGGUGGCAUCCUACCGACGUUGUAUCCGACGAAUGGGUAUCAGAAAAAGAGUACAAACCGACGAAACAAGUGUCGAUACCCGUAUUGGAUUCAUCGUCGAAGGAUGCCUUGAAACCUGCCCUGUUCCCAACUGAAAGCGGACCCACGUUAGAACUGUCCGGCGCAAGCAAAAGGAAAAAGCACCGCCGCAAGCCGAUUAAUCAAACGUGAUAAAUACCAAUUUCUCUACGAAGUUAGUAUGAAAUACAAAAAUGAGCCUUUGUAAACUUAAAAAUAUAUACAAUUUUUUAGAAAUAAGGAGUCGUCCGACAAAAUCCGGAGGAUCGUCCACGUUUGAUACGUGGACGAUGCUCGGGUUUCUGCUGUUUUCAUUGUAAUCGGUUUCUGUAUAGUUUGCAAGAUACUCUAUCAUAUACGGUUUUUAUUUAUAAAAAAAAUGCACAAAACUUGUACAUAGUUCGGUCGGAUUUUCUACGAAUCGUAUUUUUUACACGCAACCGAAUUCGGUAUAUGAUAGGGUGACAGCGUCGCGACGCUGCAACUAAACAAAUAAUUAAAAAUGGAUCUCGUAAAGCAAAGGUUCUGUACUGUGAAUAUUGUAGGGAGUACUCUGUAUAAUAACGUGCACAGAUCAUGUUUGUGUAAUUUUUUAGCACAAAUGUCUUUUUGUGCUUUGCUCCCCGGAUGAAACUACACGGUGAAGUUACGACUGCAUUGUGCAAUCGAAAUUCUUUCCGGUACUGUCGUGCAAUCCUGUUUUUAAACAGGGUGUAGGAAAUUUUUUAGCGUUUUAAUUUUUUUAGUUUAUUGUGCAAUUCAUUCAAAAUUGUACAUCACAAUUUUUUUACAUUGUAGAAGAGGUGCUCCCAACUAAUUUUUUAUUUAUCUACACGUGUGUCAUUUUUAUAUUACAUAUCAAUCCAUACAUCCGCCAGUGUAGUUUCAAUUGGGGUUGGAGUAUAUUUGACAUGUCUUUCAAAUUGUGUAUAGUAAUGAAUGUAUAGCAUAAUGAUGUAAUGUAUAUGUAAGAACGGUGAAAACAGAGCUUAUCGAAUCGUAUACUGAAGGCUUUAGACCGUUAAUUCAACCAGCGUUUUGCCACACUGCCAAUAAAUAUAAUCGGAUUACAACUAGUUGUUAAUUAAUCUAGACUAGGUAAACUGUAAUCGAUUAUAAUUUUUUUGAAUAUUUUUCUUAGUAAUUUUAGAUUUAUAUACUUUGUGUGUUCCGCAAUAUUAUACGAAAUAAUUAAGAGUGCCGAUUUCAGUACAAUACUCCGAUUUAUACCAAUCUUCGAAAUUUACAAAGACUUGCAUAAAAACGAGCUUGCAUUGUCGAAAUUCGCACUCUGUAACAACUAAUCUUAGAACUUAAAUAUAUAUUUUUUUUCUAAUAAUUAUUUUUCAACAUUCCUUCACACUAUGACAAACAAUAAACAUAAAAAGUCACUGCCAGUUGUACUGCCCAUAAAUUUUUAUAGACGUAUUUUGCCAUGACAAUUUUUUCAUAUAAACAUUUACGACUUUUUUAAAUUAAUAGAGCUAGUGCCAUUUUUCAGCCUUUGAUGUAUUUGUAUGUGAUCAGUUCAAUGUCAUGACUAAUUUAUUUUGAGUGGCGUGAGUUUUUCUGUUGACAACAUUUGAUCUCUAAUAGUAUUUUUUUCUGGAAUUAUUUUUAUUAAUUGCAACGCCACAGUCAUAUUAAAAUAUAAUGUUUAACGUAAUACUUAAUCUUAAGAAGCAUUAUAUUUUAUGGUUCUCAUACAUCGUCAUUUACAGUGUACUUAAAAUCAUAAUCAAACUGUUGAACGCCAGAAAAAUCUUCAGCACAUCCACAGAAAAACUGCGAAUAUUAGCAUUAAGAAAUAUCAAUAAUAAAUUUUUAAUUUUUUAAUGGGUGGUUGAUGGUUUUUCUUUGUUUAACUACUCUUCAGUCACCGCCAAAAUUCAUUUCUUUGAUUUUGCUCAUAUCAUUUUUGAAUAAUAGACUGAAUUUAAGUUACAAAUUUAUUUAUUUUGUAGACUGAUUGAUUUUUAGACAUUUAAAUGCAAUGAUUUAGUAUGAUAUUACAAAAGUGCACACAAAAAAUAGAGGAAAGUGGAAAUGUUUGGUUGCUAUUGUGGUACAUUAUUGUGUAUAUAGUUAAAUAUUUAUAUAAUUGUGCAGUUAGGUUAGUGUUGUACUUACAGAUUAUAGCAACCACUCAUUAGUGGAAAUAGUUUCCAUUUGUAAAAACAAAUAUAGUAAAGGAAACUGGUGAAGAUGUAAGGUUAAUUUGUUGUCUCAAGUAAUAUAUGCCAUUUUUAUCCACAAAUUUUUUAUAAAACUGACGUUUUAUAUGAAGUAAGUGUUGAGGAAAAUGUGAUACAUUUUUAUCUUGGAUACAUCUGAGCCUUAAGUACUGUAUAUAAUCUUUAACGUGUAUAUGGAAACAAAAUUUUGGAUCAACAAUGUAAUAUAGAUUUACGUUUUUAAUUUACAAAAAAAAUCACAUAGUUUGUAUCUACCAUAUUUCUAUAAGAUACAUAGAAAAACUAACUUUUGUAAACUAUUCUUUUACCAUUGCAUUUAGAGAAUUUUUAAAAAAUUUAAGACUGUCAAUAAAAAUAAUAUCAUAAUGUAUAGUUUAGGAAAUUAUAGUUGCAUAUGAGGCAAAAGUUUUAAACAUCAUUAUUGUGUUCAUUUUAACCUAUAUUUUAGUUGAUUUUAAUUUUAUUAUCGCGAAGGCGCAGUUUCAAUCUCGGCAGUUCAAACCUCUCAAAUUGUGUUCCUAAAUUAAUUUAUUGCAACCGCAAUUAUUUAUUAAUUAUUAUAUGUAAAUUUUCUCUCCAAAAUUUUGAUAUAAAAGGACUAAGUUAUAUUUAUUACAUGUCUGUGAUUUAAUUCUAAAUCGUACAAAAAUAUAAACAGCUGAGAUUGAAACUGGAUUUUCUUGUUGGAGAUUGUACAGAAUUGAGAGCGAAAAAGUGGAAGUUAUGAAAUUGUGUGGAUGUCCUUGUUAAGUGUAGAGGAAUAGUUUAAAUAAGGGUGCGAAAAGUUUGAACCAGUCUUUAUAUCUAAAAGGUUCCCACUUUUUAAAUGCACAGAGAUAUACGGAAAAAGUUUGACCCUAUAUUAUAAGUGUUAGUGGAUGAUUAGAGUAUUUUAAUAUAAAAAUGAAAAGUUAAUGUAUAAAAAGCUUGCAAAAUUGGAUGCAAACAAAAUAUGCGACUUUGUUCAUAUUUGAGGAAAGAUCCAGUUUUUUAUGUAAAGCGAUUUUAGAAAUAUAUAUGGCUUUAUGUUUAGCACAAGUGUCUGAACAUUGUGACAGCGACUAUUACUGUCAAUCCAGUAAAUUUGGAGACGAAAUAUUUCGUUAUUCUCAGUUUGUCAACGAUUUAAUAAAAAUUUAUAGAAUCUUCCAACUGACUUGAUAAACCAAUAACUAAAUAUUGAUGUCCCGUUUUAUUGUGCGGCGGAGAACCGAGAUAGUUGAAAAACUCCUGUAAUAGUUAUGUUGACAUAGAAUGGUAGAUAUGGAUAUGUAGACAAAAAUUGUUCGGAGCAAGAAUGACAAUUUCCAAUCGAUAAAUGUAAAUAGUAUUUAAUUAAAAGAUAUACUUAAUAUUUAGAAUCAUUUUUUUAAAUUU